CUGCCACUUCACUCACCACCCAUCCACAGGCUUCCCUUUCGGAACAAGCUGUAGGUUCUCGCCAUGGAGAUCCAGCCUCGACAGCUGCUAUUGGGUGUUUGCGCCAUCGUUCUGGUGGCGAUCGGGCUCGCAGAUGCCGUGCACGGCGAGACAUCACCUGUUGUGGUCGGCUUGGCCAGGUGCUCCGAGUGCACGAGGAAGAACAUGAAUGCCGAGGCGGCUUUCAAAGGUCUUCAAGUGGCAGUCAAGUGCAAGAACAGCAAGGGCGAGUACGAGAGCAAGGCCGUGGGGCAGGUUGACAAGUCCGGCGCCUUCAGCGUGCCACUGGCAGCCGACCUUGUCGGCGAGGGCGGCGAGCUGAAGCUGGACUGCUUCGCGCAGCUCCGCAGUGCGUCGAGCGCGCCUUGCCCCGGGCAGGAGCCCUCCAGGAUCAUCUCGGCGCAGCCCCCCAGCCACGACGGCAAGAUGACCUUCGUCGCGCUCGCCGGCAAGGUGCACCGGCCGUCAGCGGAGUGCGCCUCCGCGUUCGUCUGCGAUCCUCUGCACAAGCACCACAAGCCCGCCAUUGUCCCUCCCAAGCAUGAUCAUGAUCACGAUCACUUUCACCUGCCUGUCAUCAAGCCACCCGUGAUUACCCCUCCAAAGCACGACCACGAUCAUGAUCAUGACCAUGACCACGAUCACGACCAUGAUCAUGACCGCGAUCACUCUUCCGCGCCUGUGGCCGCACCGACGACGCCGGUGUACACGGCGACGCCGCCGAUCUACCACCCCCCAGCCCAGCGCAGCUCCAUCACCGAGCCACAGCUCUUCAAGAAGUUGCGCCCGUUCCUCAAGAAGCUGCCGUUCUUCCCUCCUGCCGAGCAGAACAGCAAGCACUAGAAAGUUUGGUCCGCAGUGAAGCAAGUCAGCCAUGCGUGAGUGUUUAGUUGGGCUUGUCAGGUCGUGCAGUUACCACCGAAUAAAAGUUUGUGAGGAUGAUUGCCAGUUCAGUUUGAGAGCGUUGCAUUCUGGGUUAAUUUUGAGUCUGUAGAGAUCCCGUGUUGAAAAAAAAAACUGUUAGAUCUUGCAUAUUUCUGUGUAGUAUUUGAUUUGGUAUACUUUGUGUAAGACAAGUUGGAAAUAUGAUUGGCAUCUAUAUUAGCCUAUUAUUUCUCA